AAAAAAAAUGAUGACACAAAAAACAAAUUUGGUUGUCGCCUGAACGCAUAUCUUCGUAAAUUUUUUUAAUGUCCAACAUCAUGAAAAUCUUAAAAAUGGAUAAUGAUAAUGAAAAAAUUGAUUGGCUCGCUGUUUGCUCCCGGAACAAUAUUGAAGCAUGUAGUUUCACCGAUUUUAUAAAAGAAAAGAUUAUAAAUGAUCAUGACGGCGAUUCAAUUGAAUCAAAUAAUAAUAAAGAUUAUAUAUCCAUUAUGAAUAGGUUGCUCAAUAAUUUUUCACAAUUAUCUUUUGAAACUGAACCGAUACCUGAAAAAAAAUUUCGCUGUCAUAUUACUUACAAAGGUAAAGAUGUUGAAGGUAUUGGAUUGUCGAAAAAAGAGGCCAAACAAAAGACUUGUAAACGGUUGUAUGAAAUCGAAAUCGGUCAUGAAAAUCAAUCCCAUAUAUCAAGAUCCGAAUCUGAAGAAUCAAAUUCAAGUUCAAGUCCAAGUCAUUCAGAUUCAUCUGUUCUAAAUGCCCCAUCAUCAACAUCGGAAGAAUCUAUAAAACAAACACUUAUUGUAGCAUUACCAAUGACAUCAUCAACGACAACAAUCGAUUACAUUUCUGAUUUACAGAUUUUCUGUUCAAGAAAUCGAACAUUUAUCUCUAUGCCUGAAUAUUCAUUCAAACAAGUUGAUCGUACGUUUCAUUGUACAUGUUAUUUACAACCUAAAAAUGAUAUUUAUCAACCAUUCAAUGGUCAAGGUCAAGGUGCAAACAUGAAAGAAGCAAAAAAACAGGCCGCCAAACAAGCAUUCAUUGCUUUGAAAACUUUUUUUGGACAAAAAUUAUGUAAUGAAUAAAUUUAUUUAUUUAUUUUAUUUAA